UGCGCUCCUCCCCUCCGCGGGCGGCGCCAGAGCCAUGGCGAGCGGAGGGGCCGCCGGGCCGGGGCUGGCCUUUGAGCUCAGCGUCCCUUUCCCAACGUCGCUGCUAGCCUGGACGGCUCUGGGCUCGCUGGGGCCGGAUCCUGAACCCCGCAAAGGAGGGAUCCUCAAGGAACUGGACGUGACCGAGAACGUUUUGCACGCGCGAUGGAGAGCAGACGAGGCCCGUAUCCUGCGUGUUUCCAUUAGUUCCUUUUUGGAUCAUCUCUCCUUGGUGGUGGAGACGAUGGACCUCUUCGGACCUGUGGCAUGAAAAGCUGCCGUACCUAGGCACCAGGAAGUGAUGAAAUUCCAAAUGGUCUUGCUCGGACAGAGAACUACCCUGGAGGUUGCAGGUUUCAAAAGAAAGCCUUAGACUGUCUCUCCUUGAAGCAGCAGGUAUGUCCUUGGAUGCUCAAGAACAUUGGUGCACCUGGGGAGCAGGCACGCCAGGCCCUGCCUGAAUAGAAGUUAAAGCGCAGUCUGGAGUGGUCAGUACAUUAUCCAACACACUUUGAGGUCUGCAUGUGUUCAGGGUAAAUUUGAAUGGGUUUAAGCCAAAUGAUGGUUUUGAUUAAUGAAUUAAAUGUACAUAGUUAUUUCUAAGUAAAGCCUUAAUAAAGAUUAUUUUUGAGCUUCCUGGA